CACGCUGCACGUCGUACUAGAGCUGGCGCGAGGACGAACGAAGGAACCGUGAACAGAAGAGAUGCGAAGAUUUGGUUUGAGAUAAUAAUAAUUUUAAAAAAAGAAACAUUUUUCUAAUCAUCAUGCUCGUCGUGAAUGUGAGGUGUGUGUUCAGUAAGCAAACCUGAAGCUGUUUUUUUUCCCAAGGUUGCAUAGACUCAGUCAGUGUUGUAGCGCAGAACGGGGAUAAAAUGCAGAUAGGGCGUUUUUUAAAGUCCACCUUUUUUUGUCGUGGACAGCCGGCUAACGUUAGCGAAGGUUUUUCUGUUACUGGACCUGACAGGUUCGCCUCUGUCGUGUACAGCUACACUAGAUGAUUCGGUUGGCUUUUUAAACCAGCACUUGUCUGAUGAAACCUCCCCUGUAUCAUCCAGCCUAGCGCUUUGGGGGCCUCCACUGACAAACUGCGUCACCGGGCGGGCGCUGCAGGUAUUCAUCUGUCCAUUCGUCUGCGGAACAUGAAGCCAUGGCACGAAUGACCUGGAAACCAAAGUGAUUUUUUUUUUUGUUAAAUCACCAUGGAGUCAGAGGCGACCCGAGAGUCCAAGCAUGCGUCUGGACCCCAUUUUCAGUGCGAUCCUGCCGUAAAUAGGUGUGACACCAUGGGGGAAGGAAACGUCAAACUUGUGGAGUCUGUGGUGAGAGGAGGGAGUGAUCCCAGCGCAUACCCUUCCUGCAGCUACCACAGGAGUGUGCACCACAGAUUUAUAAGGAGAAGUCUAUGGUUUUCAGAGACAGAUGAGCAGGUCUUCGACGCCCCGGACAACAGUGGGAGUAAAAUCUUUAACAUCAACCUGAGGACAAUAGUGGACAGAACACUAGUGACCAGUUGCAGCACACAAGAGAGUUCCAGCACUGAAAGUCAUGGCGGCCAAAAAGACAGUGCAACAGAGAGCGCCAGUGCUGAUGAAGACAAGGAGAGAGGUGGAAGUGCUUUAAAACUUACUAGCAGCGAUGGUUGCAAAGCAGCCAGUGAGGAGACUGAGGAGGAGGCAGAGAUGAAGGCCGUUUCCACAUCUCCUGGAGGACGGUUCUUGAAAUUUGAUAUUGAACUCGGACGAGGAUCGUUCAAAACGGUCUACAAAGGCUUGGAUACUGAGACGUGGGUGGAGGUGGCUUGGUGCGAACUGCAGGACCGAAAGCUGUCUAAAGUGGAACGACAGCGCUUUAAAGAAGAGGCAGAGAUGUUGAAAGGCCUUCAACACCCCAAUAUUGUUCGUUUCUAUGACUUCUGGGAAUCCCCACUUAAAGGAAAGAAAUGCAUUGUUUUGGUAACAGAGCUCAUGACAUCUGGAACGCUCAAAACGUACCUUAAGCGUUUCAAGGUAAUGAAGCCGAAGGUUCUGAGGAGCUGGUGCAGGCAAAUCCUCAAAGGCCUUCACUUCUUGCACACCAGGACCCCUCCCAUUAUUCACAGAGACCUCAAAUGCGACAACAUUUUUAUCACUGGACCUACAGGAUCAGUUAAGAUUGGCGAUCUAGGACUAGCAACUCUUAAAGCAGCUUCCUUUGCAAAGAGCGUCAUCGGUACCCCAGAGUUCAUGGCCCCAGAAAUGUAUGAAGAGCACUAUGACGAGGCAGUGGAUGUGUACGCUUUUGGGAUGUGUAUGCUAGAGAUGGCUACUUCAGAAUACCCGUACUCUGAGUGUCAAAACGCAGCUCAGAUUUACCGCAAAGUUACCAGCGGAGUGAAGCCAGCUAGCUACAACAAGAUAAUGGAUCCUGAAAUCAAGGAGAUCAUUGGAGAGUGCAUUUGCCAAAAGAAGGAAGAACGAUACACCAUCAAGGACCUGUUAAACCAUGCAUUCUUUGCUGAAGACACAGGUGUGAGGGUGGAGCUAGCAGAGGAGGACGAUGGGAAAAAGAUCUCUAUAGCUCUGAAACUGUGGGUUGAGGACCAUAAGAAAUUAAAAGGGAAGUACAAGGAAAGUGGAGCCAUCGAGUUCACAUUUGACUUGGAAAAGGAGGUCCCUGAAGUUGUGGCACAAGAAAUGGUGGAGUCUGGCUUUUUUCAAGAGAGUGAUGUUAAGACCGUGGGAAAGUCGAUCCGGGACCGUGUGGCACUGAUAAAAUGGAGAAGAGGGAGAACAGUGUCUGCUACAGUGACAGUGGAGCAGGGUGAAGAAGGACCCAAAAUCAUAAAGGCACCUUCUGAGAACAUCUCUUCUGGGCAGCCCCAUAUUGGACAACCUCUAUUGCUGGAACCAGAGGAGCCAGAGGCAGACCAGCAUAGUAGGUUGCAUAACCUAACGGGCAGUACCGCCUCAGUGACAUCAGGUGGCACACUUGACAGCGGCAUGGGUUCUGUGGUGUUCUCAGACUCCUACAGCGGUGUCCCCUACCCAUCACUUCUGGAGCCUAUUGCCAUGGCAACACAGCAGUGCCAGAGUGGCAACCCUUUUCCAACAGACCGACCUCGCUCAUGUGACAAUGGCAGAUUCCUAGGAGCAACACUGAGUCCAAAUCUCAGGACUCGAUUGGGAAGUGGAGAACGCAGAGGAAGUGCUCCUGUUAUUGACACACAGAACCACACGGAUCACUUUCACGCUCUCUUAGCACCCCGGAAUGCAAUCAGUCCCACUCCCAUGGUAAUGGAGAACAAGUUUGAGCCGGAGUCAGAGACUGAAGUUGGAUUUCUAUCCCCAACUUCUCCCCCACGGAUCUUGGUUUCCCCAGUAUAUUCCCCCUCUGAGUUCCGCCGCUUCAGUGAUGUCUGUGUUGGAGCACAAUCAGAGGCCUGUGAGGAAUUGACUCCUCCUGUCUCACAUGGACGUAGACAUUCUGACAUUGGUAGUCUCCUGAGUCUGACUUCCAAUAGCAAACACCACUGUGUAAUUCAUAAAACCCCCAUGUGCCAGGCCUGCAUGUCUUUGCUUCAGUUACGUUCUCAAGAGGGAAACCCUUGGCCCUUUCCUGCUGUCCUGUCGGCACAUCACUGUCCAUGUGACCUCAGGCGCCACCCUUCUUCCGGUGGAAAAUUUAGUACAAGUAAUGGACAGCCAAAAUGUUUGAAUGAAUAUUCAGAUUUCUCCAUGCUGCAGCAGUCUCUCUUCAACAUCAUCGGCUAUAAAGCAGCUCCUUGUAACACUACACCCCUCCAAGCUUCACCCCUGGGCUCCUCAAUAGCCCCAAAGCAACUUGGUGACAGAGACGGUAGCCUAAAGAGUCCAACCCAGUGUGGAAGUCUGUUUAAGAAUCAAGAAACUUUCCAGGACUCUGAGGACAAAUGCUAUUCCAGAAAGCAGCAAGCUACCACUGCUGUGGGUGUGACCAAUACAGUGUGUCACCAGAAUCAGCCAUCAUCUGUCCAGGGCCCUCCCACUUCCAACACACUUAUGGACACACAGCAGCAGAAUCUUCAGCCAGGUCAUUGCUACCCAGCUGCUUUACAUCCUCACCAAGCCAAUGCUCUGGCAGCUCCAGCCAGUCUGUGCUCCAUGAACAACAAGCAACAAAUGCAGCCUGCAGCAGCUAUUGCAACAUCUAUUGUUUCUCAGAAUGCAGCACAGAACUACCAAGGACACCAACUGCAGGAUGCAGUGGCUGUGGGCUCCUUGACUUUCCCUUUGCAAAUUCAGCAAACUUUUCAGAACUCUGUGGUUUCGAGCCAGCAGCAGUCUCAGUCUCCAUCAGGAUAUUCUACAUCAGUGCAGCCUCAGAUCGUAGCAAGCACCCUGUCAGCACAGCAGCCAGCACAAAGCUCCUCUCUCGCAACACCUGCUCAAUCUUUAGCAAACCAAGUCCCUUGUCAACCUGUACACCCUCCUUGCUCAUCACAGCAGGCCCAAACCUCAUUUCAGCUGCUCGGUCAGCAGUCUGGUCAGAGCUGUACUACAACAGGACUUUAUGCUCAGCAAAUGCCCAUCCAGCAGGAGCACCAACAACCUAUACCAAACACAAAAUUAGGGAUUCACCAAGCACUAAAUGCUAUACAGCCCUAUCCUUCACAGAACCUAGAAACUCUGCAUUCCAUGCAGCAUCAAAUGGAACAACCAGCCAUUCACUCGUCUCAAAAUACUCAGUGUCAUAUACAGCAACAACUGCACGCAUCUAUACCUCAGCAACACUAUCAACAGGUCCCACAACCUGCAACCCCACUACAGCUGCCAUCUCACUCUCAGCCUAAAUCUAUGGCAACUCAAGUGGUCCAAAUUGCUGCAGAACACCCAGGUUACCUUAUGAAAAGUCUACCUGACUCUGAAUCUCAGAUCGACACACAUGCUGUUGUUCAGCAGACUGGCCAAUGUCAGAAUAAGUUCAUUUCUGCACAAGAUGAUUUUCCACAGAGUUAUGAUGGAGCAAGCCAGAUGACAACUCUUAACCACUUUCCAGCUUCUUCCCAGCAAACCCCUCAGAAUUUUGCUCAAGACCAACAAAGCUUUGGACAAAAUCUCAGCACGUCUGUUUCAAGUGCAACAAUCCAGGUGCUUCCUCCACAGACUGCUGUUCACCAACAAGUUCAACCUCUGCAGCUCCCAUCACAUCAGUAUCCCACAGUCCAGGUGAUGACGGCUGUGGCAGACUGUGAAUCCUCCUAUCUUCACACCUUCAAUGCUCCUCACCCUUCAGUUUCUCCUUCUUAUAAUCCUGUUUUCCUUUCUCCUGGACUUACACAUUCUGUAACCCCCUCUGUCUCCCCCAUUUCCCCUGUGCACCACGAAAAUAUAUUUGUUUCACCCAACCCUGCAUCUCUCCUACCAUCCCCCACACCUGUGCUGGGUGGAAUGGAACCCACAUCCUCACCACACAAACUCACCGCCUCUAUGCAGCAGACUAGAUUGGAGGCUUUCCAUGCUCAAUCCACAUUCCUAUCAGCACCAACCACCCACCCCUCAGACACACGCAUACCUCCCUGCAAGAACAUGCACCCUCCCACAAGUGGCAGCAGCCACCCUCAGACACAGGCUGCAGUCUUGACCUUAGUUACGCAGAACAGCAUGGACCUGCACAAAGACACUGUGGCUGCUCAGCUGGACAACAUGAACUCAUGCCAGCUUCCCUCACAGAGCCAGAUUCCUCUGCUGCAGUGCUCUGACUCUCAGAGAGCAUCACCCAUGUCUGCCAGCUCCACUGCUCCUCAACAGAAGAUGCUCAGCAGUGUCGCAGGAGCGGCUAGUCAAGGACCAACAGAAAACAUCAAAGAGGAUCAAGCUGCAGAAAAACACACUGGAGGACAGAGCUAUGACAGUGUAAACUCUGACGCCACAUCAGGCAAAGAGAUGAGUGAUGGCUAUGAAGGGACGCAUGGAGGCAAAGUCGACGGAAAAGUCCGAAAACAUCACCGCCGGUCCAUGCGAACGCGGUUGCGACAGGAAAAAAUUCCCAGACCAAAGCUCAGCAUGCUCAACGUGUGCAACACUGGAGAUAAGAUGGUGGAGUGUCAGCUGGAGACUCACAACCACAAAAUGGUCACCUUCAAAUUUGAUCUGGAUGGAGAUGCACCUGAAGAGAUUGCAACCUACAUGGUGGAGAAUGAUUUCAUUUUGCCCCUUGAAAAAGAGGUCUUCAUUGAACAGCUCAAGGAAAUAGUGGAGAAGGCUGAGGACAUGCUCAGUGAGGACACAGAGGGGGAGAGGAACUCUGACUAUGGAUGCAGCCCUAAACAGAGUGAAGGAGCUGGAGUUCUGUCAGCAGAGCUUUCAGAACCCAGCACUCCACAGUUGGUGUACCAGCAAAAUGUCCUCCACACUGGCAAACGCUGGUUUAUCAUCUGCCCUGUGGCUGAAACGCCCAUACAAAACAAAGAAGGAACAUCAUCGCACACCUCUACUGCCCAGGAAUAUGAACAUUCAUCAUCAACCAGGUCAACUGACUAUACAACUGCAGUAGCUGAGUCUGUCAACACUUCCCAAACUUCACCUCCCUCCUCUGUUUCCACCUCACUUCAACCAUCCAACCAAAGUAUUAGCCAAUCCCAGGUCCAGCAAACCCAGCCAUGUCUAACGCAUCGUGCCUCUGCUUCUGGGAGCGUCGCCUUCGACAAUUCCCUUCCCGCUGAAGAACCAAUCACGUCUAUUUUGCCAGAGAUGCCGUGCUGUACUAUUGUGCCACCCCUCUCGCUGGAUGUUCAGGCUGUCGACAAAGCGGUGGCCGCUCAAACAAAUCCACCAAAUCACAAGACUAGCCCCUCUGCAGAAAUGCCUCCCCAGCUCCAGCAGUCGGUGGUCCUGCAACAGCCUUAUCCCACUUCCAUGCAGGCUGGCACAGUGACGUCCCAGCCUCAGAGCCCUGCACAUCAGAGCUCACAGUCUUCCAGCCAACAGCAGAGUGGGGGCCAAGGCGAGUCGGACAGCGAGGGGCCACGCAGAGUGGAAUUUGUGGACCGUACCAUCAAGACUCUGGAUGAAAAGCUCAGAAACCUGUUAUAUCAGGAGCACACUCCCUCUCAGUCCUCCAACAAUCCCUCUGAGCCCCAGGCCUCCAGCACAGAAGCCCUGAGCUCACCUCAAGUUUCAGAUGGCCAGAACACAGAGGGACCUUUUGAAAAGAAAAAGAUGGAGUCACUGCCACAGAUUCCUGAGCGCACAGAUGGUGUGGGUGCAUCAAAUGACUCUGCUUUGGCAGCUCCCAAAAGUGAUUUCAACAGAAGAGAUGUGUCUGACAGUUCCAGUUUAUUCAGCUCCAAGAGCCGUUUUCAAAUCAUCCCCACUCCACAAGAUGUCAUAUUCCCUUCAGAAAAAAGUACCAGCUGCAACUCCCCUGCACCCUCUAGUCGUUCUGCUGGCUCCCAUACCCAGACCAGGGCCAAAACUGACCAUGAUGAUGUAGGAACAUCCAAACCCCACUGCAGAAACCGUUACUCUGCUCCACCAAACUUCUACCAAGCUGCUUCCAGUUCCGACGCCACCGCACGCCUCCCACCCAGAGCCCAGUCCGUUGACAGCUAUCAGCAACACCAGUUGUCUCACGUGGACUCUGACUCUGCCGAUGAGGAGAGCAGCAGCCUGGCGCUUCCUCCUUUUCACUCCACCCAUGCAGCUCAUGCUCUUUCUGAGCACAGUGGAAGCGACCUAAUGAAGAGGGCAGUUGCCUUCUUAAGACGCUCCGGCCGUCACAAACCAGAUCAGAGCUCAGAGUCCACGAGCAGAAAGUCUGUGGCAAUAAACGGCCAUGCAUCUUCACCUCAGGCAGGACACACCCACUCAUCUUACAUGAGCAGUGACAAUGACUCUGAGUUUGAAGAUGCAGAUAUGAAGAAAGAACUACAGAAACUUCGAGAAAAACACAUGAAGGAGAUCUCUGAGCUUCAGGCGUUUCAAAGGAGUGAGAUUGAGCGUCUGUACAAGGAGCUUGGAAAAACUCUGCCUCCUAAUCUCAGCCUGCUACAUGCUGUUCCACCAUCUGGUCGACGACGGAGAACAAGCAAGCACAGGCUGAAAGCUGGAAAACUGCUGAAUCCCAUGGUGCAGCACCUGAGAAAUAAUCUCAACGCUGCCAGUGCUGAAAAGAAAGGUGAGAGUGCUGCUGGUUCAUCCAGCUCCCCAGCUAGAAGUUCACUUCUAUCAGAUCGUUCUGCUCAUUCCAGUGGCAGCAGCAGCUCCAGCAAUCAGCCUAAUGCUGUUCAGGAACAGGUCCACACCCAGCAGCCCUGUUCCCUGAAGGGCUCAUUUUCCUCUGACAACAUCUAUGCUGGGCAUCAUGGAGAUAGAACGGCUAACCCUGGUCAAGGCUGGACGGUUUUCCACCAAACAUCAGAGAGAGUCACCUAUAAAUCUAGUAGCAAACCUCGCACUAGAUUCCUCAGUGGACCUGUGUCUCUGUCCAUCUGGUCCACUCUGAAACGCCUUUGUCUAGGCAAAGAACGCAGUAGUAGGUCUUCUCUCAACACCAACACAGCACAGACCGCUUCUAGUCACCCACAGGCCGCCGUCACAUCCGCCUCGCCAUCGCCUCAGCAAUUCACACGACUCGCUCAGGUCCAGUCCAACAACAGCAACAACAACCGAGGCACAUUUACGGAUGAUCUUCACAAACUGGUGGAUGACUGGACAAAGGAAACUGUAGCAGCAGCCAGUCAACCUCGACCCUCUCUGAACCAGAUGAAACAAAGGCUCCAGCAAGGUCCCGAGAGCAAGCUGGCAGCCAUGGGAGGGAUCCCACCUGAGACAAAAUCCCAAGUUGUUGCCAGUAAGUUCCAACUUCCUCUCUCAUGCCCAAUGACUGCUGCUUUAGGCUCAGGCCUGCCCACAGGCACAGCACAUUUCCAUGCAAUGACUCCUCCCAACUACAACGGCUCCUUUGGUGGGAUGUUUCCUGGUCCUCUCUAUCCACAGCAGUGGCCCGGGAUGCCCAGUCCUGGAGGCUCUGUGGUUCCUGUGGGCUUGCUAGGUGCUUCAAGAGUGAUGUCCUACACCACAAUGGCAAACCCAGGGAUCCAAACCUUCUCUUCGGUUGCACACAAACCUGAAAAUAGCACUUCUUCAAAAACCACAAGGACUACCUGAUCUCCUAGCUACAAAUGUGUUGUCUACAGGACAGUCCAACUCCUCUCUGCUCCAUCCACCAGAGACACAGGUCCACAGAGAUAUGUUGGCUUUCUGAAAACAACACGUUAAUCUGUAGUUGACUGUGCGAGUCUGUAUGUGUGUGUAUCAUAUGUACCUAUGCUUUUUGGCUUUGGUCUUAAUGAAACUGAGCCAUACUAAAAAAAAAACGUUUCUGCUGUGGUGAUGAACCUAUUUUUAUGUUCUUUGUUACUCCGGUUUCCACAUUGCUCAAACGUUUAGUUUUAUGCGCCCUCUAAAGACUACACUGCAAUCCAAAUACCAGAGGCAUGGGGUUCAGUAACAGGAUAGUAUUUCAGAUUCAAGUAUUUGCAGGAAUGUAGUGCCUUGAACGUCUUUAAAAUAAUACAUUUCUGCUGAUUUUAUUUGAAGGUUGCUUGAGUGAAACCUUUUUCCUUUCUCCUGCUUAAAUAAUAAUAAAGUGUUUUAAAUCGUUUACAUUUCACCCUUGUUGGAUGGAGUGCCAUAGUAGUGAGAUCAAACUUUAUGAAUGAUUGGUAAAAACACAACAAAUCCAGCAGUCAAAUUUAACUCUUUCAGGUUAAAUGGUUCAACUGGACACUACUUUUGAUUGGACAGCCCGAUAGCUGGCAGCUGUGCAGAGUAAAGGUGGUGUCCAGAGCCAUUCACACUGUACAAAACUUAUUUCUAAAGCAUACGCCUGCGGUGGUGUUCUGAUGAGAAUGUAGCAAUUAAUGUGUCAUGGCUUGAGGCUCAGAAGUGCAAUUUAAUCCCUCCACAGAAACUUUGACCGUGGCCUUGCCACAAGCCUUAUCUUUGGUGUGUGCGACAUAAGCAAGCUGAAAUAUUAAGCAAAUUUGCAGCUCCUCGUCAAUAUACGGUCAGAUCUAACCAGACAACAUAAACGCACAAAAAACUACACAUCAAACACUGGAUUUUAUCAAUGCUAAAUUUUUCAACUUUGCUGAUAAUCUGCAUACACUGUGUAAAAUGUUAUGUGCAAUCCACCACUCAACUGAGGUGUUUUUUGAAGUUUCUUUAAAGCAUUUAUAUUUCUUUUUUUGGGAUGCUGCUAAAAAAAGUGAUUCCACUGUUCACUAUUCUUUUCUACAUUAUAUAAAUAAGCAUACGACUGCUUAAAGUAACAGAACAUUCUGAAAAAUCAGUGUUAUUGCCUUCCUUGUUAAAAGAUUUAUUUCACAGGUCACUUUUGGUGUUGGCCUCUUUUGUUUUUUCCAUAUAUUUUUAACAGUAUAUUGCCAAAAAAAAAUAAAUGACACGUGGGAGAAUUGCACAACAUAUACUCUCCCUUUGUUCCAUGUUAGAAACCCCCCACAGUGUAGAUGGUGGGGAUCAGCCAAACAUGUUUCUUUUCCCACCAACAAGCAUGGCUAACGUUACAUAUUCCACCAUGCCAAAAGCGAGCAGAUCUAUGGUCACAAACUCACAUUUCAUGCAGACGUUUUCAGCACCCUAAUCCUGCCAAAGCUGUGAACUGUAUAGUUUUCUUGUAGCUUGUACUUGUACAAUAUUAUUUAGGCUGUAAAGACUAACCGAGAGGAGGGGUUGAUUUGAUGUAUAUUAUUCCAUCAAUUCGGUUUGAAUUGGACUUUUAUAGGAUUUUAUGCAGAGUCUUCUGCUUUGGUGAAAUAUUUCCAACAGUAAGAGAUUUCUGUUCUCUUUCACUUGUAUUCUGAUGUGUUUAUUCCCACCUCCUUUGUCUGAAUGGAGAGCGGAGGAAGGAGUAAGCAGCGCUGGCUUAUUCAUUUUAAAAGCAGUGAUCAGGCAGAGAGGGUUUUGCCUGCUGUGUGUCCCACUGCAUAGUCCCACCCUGUUCUGCUGCACUCUAAUCACAAACUAUAUGUUAAGAGAGAAAUAAAUAUUUUGUGCUUGAAAA